GUUGCAGCAGCCACUGGUCACACUGUGGUGUUAGUAGACCAGUCAGAUGAAAUCCUUAAAAAGUCUACAAAAGGAAUUGAAGAGAGUUUGAAGAGAGUGACGAAGAAGAAGUUUGCAGAUAAGCCUGAGGCUGGUGCUGAGUUCAUUGACAAGACCUUGAAGAACAUCACAACAAGCACAGAUGCAGUAGCAGUGGUCCACAGCACAGAUCUGGUGAUAGAAGCCAUUGUGGAGAACCAGGAAAUUAAAAACGAACUCUUCAAGAGGCUGGAUAAGUUUGCUCCAGAGCAUACGAUAUUUGCAAGCAACACUUCAUCCUUGCAAAUUACGCAGUUGGCUAACUCAACCACCAGGCAGGACCGAUUUGCUGGUCUCCAUUUCUUCAAUCCGGUGCCUAUGAUGAAGCUUGUGGAGGUCAUCAAGACUCCAAUGACCAGCCAAAAGACUUUUGAAUCGCUUAUGGAUUUCAGUAAAGCAGUAGGAAAGAGUCCUGUCAGUUGUAAGGAUACUCCAGGGUUUAUUGUAAACCGUCUCUUGGUGCCAUAUAUGGUAGAAGCUGUUCGACUUUUUGAGAGAGGAGAUGCAUCAAAGGAAGAUAUUGAUGUUGCUAUGAAGCUUGGGGCUGGCUAUCCCAUGGGCCCAUUUGAACUGUUGGACUAUGUUGGGUUGGAUACCAGUAAAUACAUUAUAGAUGGAUGGCAUUCAUUAGAGCCCAACAAUCCUCUUUUUGCACCCAGCCCACUCCUGAAUAAACUGGUAGAAGAAAAGAAGCUGGGUAGGAAGACUGGAGAAGGAUUUUACAAAUACAAAUGAACUCCAAGCCUCGAGAGGCGUUAAGCUAUCUGUGUAUGCUAUUCAGCGUUUCCUUAUUACAGGUGAAUUCUGUUUAAACCUUCCUGAGGAUGGCACAAGCUGUAUUUAGAACAUAACCCACCUCUGAACUGACUGCACAAGUUACCUGUUUCUCUGGUGAAAGCUUGAUUUGGUAGAUUAUUUUUUUCUUGUAAUUCUGAAAAGCUUUAUAUGUACAGUGCCUUCAUUCAAAUGUUGAUUUUUCAGGUGCAGGAAAGAAUGGCAAGUGAAUUAUGUAUUUGAAGCAUUAUUAUAUUAAUGGGAAAAAUCCUAAAAAUAACCGCACUUUCUUAAAAAUAAAAUUUUCAACAAUUCUGUA